GAAAAGUGUGCUAACGAACCCUAAAAACCCAGGAUACUAAUUUAUUGAACAACUAACCGGUCGGUCUUACGACCCAAAGGAUUAAUUCUAAUUAGAAAUUUAAAAAUAAAACGAAUUCUUUUUAUUAUAAGUUUAAGCAACCAAACGAAAUUGUGUUAAAGAAAAUUUCAUUAAAGAAAUUCUGAAAAACAAAAAACUUGUGCCAAAAGAAAAUUUCAGUGUGUGCGAAAAAUUUAAUUUGGGAACAAUUGCCAGUAUAAAAGGAAAAAUAAUUGGAUUUUUUAACAAUUUGUCAAGUGUAAAAGGUUUCAACAACAAGAUGACAAGAAAACGUUCGAGUCCCAUGGGACUCGAAAUAUAUUUGCCAGUUUUGCUGGCAUUUAUAAUGUUGCCAUUAUUAGCACAAGCUGCUCCUUUACAAGACUACACAGAAAUUCAACAAUAUACUGAAGGCUGCUACUACAACUACAAUCAUUACAACGAAGGCGAUAGAAUCUUGACAAAUGAGCCCUGUUUGAAUUGUACGUGCCACAAUAAGAUGCUCAUGUGCUAUUUGCGUGUAUGUCCGUUCACCAAACCCAUUGGACAUGAUUGCAUAGUGGAGAAACGUGAGGAUCAAUGUUGUCCAAUCAUUACAUGUCCCGAAGUUCCUGUGGAUGUUGCUCAUAUUGCUCCCAUAGCUGGCACAGAAUUAAGUUUCCCCGAGAAAUUUGGCUGCAGUAUUGAUGGUAAAUUCUAUUUGGAAGGUGCUCAAGUUCCCUCAAAUCCCAACAAACCUUGUGAACUCUGUUACUGUAUUAAGAACCGUACCUCCUGUUUAAUGCAAGAAUGUACAUUGCACAUUGAUGGCUGCACUCCAAUUUAUAAUAAGGGUUCUUGCUGUCCUGUACGCUACAAUUGCGACCAUGAAAACGAUGUACUCGAAUUGGAGGAUCACUCUACCACAACUGAAGCAGCUACUACCACAACCACUGAACGUCCUACCACUGGUUUUAUUCUUACCAGUACCAUGUCUCCCACUGUUUCAACCGAUUGUGUUCAUAAUGGUGAAUUGUACGCUGAUGGUGCUCGCAUUGCUGGCGAAACUGCCUGUGAAAAUUGUUAUUGUAUGCGUGGUGAUAUCAUUUGUGCUGUCCAAGAAUGUCAUAUGCCCAUGCUUAAUAGUAAUGGCAAAUCUUGUCAUGCUUUGCCUGCUGCUGAAGGUGAAUGUUGCCCCAGUAAUUAUGUUUGCGAAGAUGACACUGCUACUACUCAAAUUAUUGAAGCUACUACCUUACCUUAUGGUGGUCUCGAUGAAGAUGAUAAGAUUACUACAGCCGCUCCAGUUAAGGAUCUCCAUAGUGCCAUACCUGAAGAAGACUUGCAAUUGCAAACCCAUAUCGAUGAAGAAGAAACAGCAACAAAGGCUCCCUCGACUGAAACAGAAGAAAAAGAACAAGAGGCCACAGAAGCUGCCAUCAUCAGCAAACCAACUGAACACACAAUUACCGCUACUGACGAUCAAGAUGAACAAGAAGGCGUUGAGCCAGAAUCUGUUACUAAAAUUUCUGAUGAAUCUGAAGCAACAACUGUAUCGUCAUCAGAUGUCAAACCUGUUGAAAGCGAUGAAUCUGUUACAACAUCUCCCACAAGUGCAGAUGAAUUACCUGAAUCUUCAACUGUAUUACUUGCUGGUGCUGAAGAUGAAAGUAAAACUGAGUCUGCCGAUGAGGCUGUUACUAAAUCACCUGUUCAAGAUGGAGAAGAAGAGCAUGCUGGAGAUGAAACUGCCACUAAAGUUCCUAUUGCUUCUGAUGAGUUACCAGAAAUCUCUACUGACGCUACUGCUAGUGGCGAAGAAUAUGCUACCGAAACAUCUGAAGAAGACAAACCUGAAUUCGAAGAAUCCGCUACCAAGGUUCCUGCAGUUGAUAUUGUAGAAAGUCAAACUGCCACGGCAGUCACACCAACUGAAGAAUUAUCUGAAGAAUCCACUGAAUCCGCUAAUGCAAUUAAACCAGUUGCUGGUGACGAAGAAGAUGUAUCAACUGAAGCUGAUGAAAAGGAUCACAAACCAAUUGAAUCUGAUGAAUCUGCUACAGAAACUGAGGACAAAUUUGUUACUGAAUCUCCUAUUGCUGGAGAAGAAGAACAUAAACCAGUUGAAUCUGAUGAAUUCACAACUAAAGCUCCUGUGGAACUUGAACAUUCAACAGAGGCUGUUGAAGAUGGUCAAAUCGGAGAAGCUGCAACCAAAGUACCAUUUUCGGUUGAACAACAACAUGAUGAUCUUGCUACAGAAGCCCCUGUUGAAUCUUCUGAAGAACAAUCCACUGAAAUUUCUGGUGAAGAAGUCGACGAAUUAUCUACCAAGGCUCCCACAACUGAAGAAGAAAAACUACCAAUUGACGGCAAACCAGAAGAACAAGAAACAUCUAUCAUUGAAGAAGAGGGUGUCGCCACAACCGCAGGUCCUAGCAAAGAUGUCUCCGAAGACCAAGAGUUGUCAACGGAAGAACCUAAAGAGGAUGCUAAACCUGAAGAUGUUGAAAACGAACCAGAAACUGUUACCAAGUUGCCUACAACUGAAGAUGAACAAGAAGAAACAACAGAACCUGCCAAAGAAACUAAACCACUUGCCGAAGAUGAAAUUGAACUAUCUACUGAAACCUCAACUGAAUCCGAAGAUGGAGAAAUGGUUACCAAACUUCCUGUUUCUGCUGAUGAGGAACAAAUACUUGCAACAACAGCUCCCGAAGUUGAACAAGACAAAGAUGAAUCAUCUACAGAUGAGGUACCAACUAAAGCUCCUAUUGACAUUGGCACUGUAUCAACUGAUGAUGAUACUGAAAGCUCUACUGAAGUAUCUGAAGAAGCAUCUGGUGAGGGUAAACCAGUGGCUGCUGACGAACAACAAAUUGAUAUUACCACCGAUGCUCCUGUCAAAUCUGAAGAGGACCAUACCACCAUUCCCAUGGCUGAAGAAAAACCAGUACUUGCUGAUGAAUUGGGCAGUGGUGAUCAUUCUGCCGAAAUUACUCCUGAAGAACCAUCCGAAACUGCAUCGGUUAGCCCCGCUACUGAAACUGUAACCUCAAUUCCACAUUCACAAGAUCAAGAAGAGUACGCAACAGCUAAACCCGUCAAGCCAGAAGGAGAGGAAGAUUCCACAGAAGUAUCUGAAGAAUCAGCAGAAUCUGAAGAAGAUAACAAACUUAUGGAUCUUACUACUGUUAAACCAACUAUGUCCGAUGUCACAUCAUCUACCGAAGAAAGUAAGGAUGAUCAAGAUCAAUUGGAUAUUACAACUACCAAACCCGCUAUUAGCGAUGUUGCAACCACUGCUGCUGAAGCAUCCGAUGAGAUCUCAGAAGAAGAAAAGGAGACUGUUACCAAAAUGCCAUCAGAAGAGGAACUUUCGUACAGUACCAUUACUCCCAUUAAGAUCUCUGAAGAUGAGAAGAUCGAAGGAGAAACUGCUGCCGAAGAUAAAAUUGAUAUUAGCACAAUGGUUACUCCACUUGAAGAAAAACUUCCAACAGAAGGAGAAGAAACUGAAGUUACUUCUGAAACAUACGUUUCGAGCACACCUAGUAUUGUUGAUGAAUCUGAGGAACAAGAAGCAAGUGGUGAAGAAGACAAAACUAAACCCGAAAGUACUGAGGAAUCUGUUGAAUCAGAAGAUGUUACCACGCAAAAGAUUAUUGAAGAAAAUGCCCAACAAACAACUUCAACACCAACAGUUGACAUUAUUACAGAAGAAGAAAUGGACGAACACAAAGUUAUGCCUGAAAUGGAUGAUCACAAAGUUGAAGAACCAACUGGAAUUACUGAUAGUCCAAUGGUUAUUAUGGAAGACAUGUCUGCCUUUACGACAUCAGAACCAACUGCUCAAGAAGACAUUAGAGAAGAAACUGAAGUUGAAGCAGAGAAAGAACAAGAAGUGGAAGCAACCGCAACCCAAGAACCUUCAAUGGAUGACAAGAGCGAGUUCGAAGAGGAAUCUGCAACCACCACCACAAUUAAACCAUAUGUCGAACAAUCACAUGUUCAAGAAAUUCCAGAUAUGCAACUGCCAUCAGUUAUUCCAGGUGAAGGCGACUGUUUGGUUGGACAGAAAACAUAUGGAAACAAUACCAUUGUUCCUACUUCAGAUGAAUGUGAAAUUGUAUGCAAUUGUGUCAGCAGCAUUGUUACUUGUGAACGCGUUAAAUGUGAAGUUCCCGAAAAUGUCGAAAAAUGCAUACUGGAUGAAUCUAGUACCAACAACUGUUGUCCUUCAUACAUUUGUGGCAUUGACAGUAUACCUCCUAAGAGUGAAGAUAGCAUUGAAUCCAUUGAAGAAGAUGAGGAUGAAGAAAUUCAAUACACAACUACUUCUGCUCCUCAUAAACUUCCUACAGAACAGACUGUCGAAGAAGCUGAUACUGAAAAAUCUGAAAUUACUACCACUAAACCUGUUUUAGUACCAGAAGUUGUCAGUAUUCCUGAAAUUGAAAUGCCAGUCGCAAGUACUGAAGAACCAAUGUCACAUGUUAAGGAUGAAGAAGAGUUUGAUCAACAAACAACAAAAUCUCCUAUUGAAACUGUGGCUGAAGACAAGAAGGACAUUAUUGUUGAAGGAGAGAUUUCCACUACACCAGCUGUUAUUGUCGAUGACAUUGUUGUACCCCAAUCAAUGGCUCCAGUUGAAACAUCUGAACAAGAGCAACAUGAAUUUGUUACUGCCAAGGCUCCAGUCGAAACAGCUGAGAAGGAAACUGCUCAUGACCUUCCUGUUGGUCAACAGCAACCGGAGAAGGAAUUGGAAGAACAUACAACAUUCGCACAUGGACUUGUCGAAUCUUCCACAGAUUCUGCUGUGCACGUUCCCAUUGACGAAAAAGAAGAAAGUGAAAUGUAUGUUACACCAGCAUUACCUUCUGCUGAUGAAUAUCAAACUGUUAAACCUAUUGAAGAAGAAAAUGAGGACAAUGAAACAGAACCAGAAACUCAAACUCAAACUACAGUGCCUACCACAUCAACCGAAGAGGAAUCUGCUAUUUCCGAAGAAAUCUCAGAAGAACCUGAAUCUCAUACUUCUAUACCUUCAGUAUCCCCAUCAGAAGAAGACAAAGAAGCUGAAUCUCAUACUUAUAUUCCAUCUGUAUCUCCAUCAGAAGAAGACAAAGAAGCAGAAACACAAACUUCGCUUCCUUCCAUGUCAUCUGAAGAUGACAAAGAACCAGAAACACAAACUUCCAUACCUUCCAUGUCAGCCGAAGAAGACAAAGAAGCAGAAUCACAAACUUCCGAACCUUCCAUAUCGUCCGAAGAAGACAAAGAGACCUCAGAAAAUCCAGAAGAGUCACAUACUGUUCUUCCAACCGGAUCUUACGAAGAACAUGAACCUUCCCAAGAACCAGAAACCCAAACAGACCAUCCUAUUGCUAGCGAUGAAAUUCACUCUUUGGCUCCAUCUGUUGAGGAAACUGUAUCACCUGCCGGUGAAAACCCAGAAGUGGAUACAACACCUGAAAAGGACAUUGAAAUUUCAACAGUGGCUACUGAGUCGGAAGAAAAAGAACAUUCAACUGAAGCUUCCAGUGAAGAUACUUCAGAUUCUACAACUGCUACAGUACCAAGUAAGGAUCGUGAUACAGAAACUGAAGAAGAUAUUACACGUACUACAGCUGUUCCUUCAAUGGGUGACUCUGAAGAACAUGCAUCUACUACUACCAAACAACCAUUUGAUGAAAUCGAAGAUCACACUAUUCCCUCUGAAAACUUGGACCAUACAGUUGCUCCAUUAUUGGAAGAACUCGAAAUUACUUCAACUGAUGCCUCUGAUAUAGAAGAACAAAAAGAAGAACAUACUGCUUCAUCUAAGCCAUUGGAAGAACCUGAAAGUACAUCAGUAUCUACAAUUUCAGAAGAUACCAUAUCCGAAGAAGAUGUAUCAUCAACCCCUAUGUCAAAUGUCUUUGCCGGCGAUAAGGAAGAGGUUCAAACAAUCACCCCGGAUACAGAAGAUAACAAGCAAACUGAAGAAGGAUCAGCCGAACAAGAAAUCGAUCGCACUACUGUUGCUACCGAUAUCAGUGAUGAAGCAUCUGUCGAAUCUGUCACUUCAUCAGUUGAUGAAACUUUGGAAUAUACUGUUGCUCCAAUUGUUCAUGAUGAACAUAAGGAAACAUCUGAAGAGUCCGAUAUUCAAACUUCCACUCCUGUAAUUCCUAUCAGCGAAUCUCAAGAAUAUGAACAACCUGAAACCCAAACCUCUAUUGUUCCCACCGAAGAUCAUACUAUUGCCCCGUCAUCUGAAGAAUCUGCCGAAGAAGACCAAGAAACAGAAACUCAAACUACAGCUGUCCCAACAUCUGAUGAAGAAACUUCAGUUCAUACUACUGCUCCAUCAGCUGGAGAAUCUGUAGAAGAAGACCAAGAGAAGGAAACUCAAACUGCAGCUGUCCCAACAUCUGAUGAAGAAACUACAGUUCAUACUACUGCUCCAUCAGCUGGAGAAUCUGCCGAAGAAGACCAAGAAAAGGAAACUCAAACUGCAGCUGUCCCAACAUCUGAUGAAGAAACUACAGUUCAUACUACUGCUCCAUCAGCUGGAGAAUCUGCCGAAGAAGACCAAGAAAAGGAAACUCAAACUGCAGCUGUCCCAACAUCUGAUGAAGUUCAUACUACACCUUCCGUCACAGAGGGUUCCGAUAUCGCUACGGAAAAACCAAUUGAUUUCGAAACUAAAAUUGAUACUACAUCAUCUGUACCUUCAUUGGAUGAAUUACCCACCGAUGUUCAAUCUCAUGAUAUUGUUGAAGAUAUGUCUACUACUGUCGUUUCCCCUGUUGAAAAUACCGAUGACGAUAAAGAAUCUGCAGAAGACCACACUCUUGCUUCAUCUACAGAUACUUCUAUUGAAGAACAAACUGAGUAUGCCGAGGAAGAAUCCACAAGUGCUUCUGUUGAAAAAGUCACAGAAUCCACCAAACACGAAAAGACUACCAUACCCUCCAUUGAACAAGUUAAAGAUGAACUUGAACCCUCUAUGUCUCAUACUGUGUCUCCCUCAACUGAAGAAGAGGAAUCUGUUACCAAAUCUCCUACCGAAUCUGCUGAAUAUUCUCCAGAUGAUAUUGAACAUAUGACAACCGGACCAUUUACAUCAGAUGAAUCUACUUCUGAAGUUAUUUCUUCUGAAGAAGAUAUGAUUCCUGUCAAGGAAGAUGAAAUUGUUUCUGUUUCUGAAUCCGAUAAAGAGAAACCUGCCACUUCCUUCGAUGAAUCCACCACAGUUGCACCAAGUAUGGAAAUUGAACUUCAAAGUACUCAUUCCCCUGUUAAACAACCAUCAUUGGAUCUAUCUGAAGAAGCAUCAGGAGAAUCAAUCGAAUCUGAAGAAGAAAUCAGCACUGAGCCCAGCAAGAUCCAACAUAUUGGCGAAUUUGUUACUGAACGUAUGGAAGAAGCUACCUCUAAACCAACGGUUCAGCCUAUCAGUGAGGAAGAAGAUAAAGAAGCCUCCGGAGAAGAAGGUGAACACAUGGAAACAGGUACUGAUAAACCACAUGUACCAGCUAUUGAACAAGAAGAUGAAAUGCUUGUUACCACAGAACACGCAGAUAUUUCUGAGAUACCUGAAGCUGAUGAAGUAUCUACUGAUAAAUUAUUGGAGGAAGAUAUUCAUAUAUCCGUUACUAAUGCUCCUGUUGCAGAUGAAGAAUCAGUCACUAUUUCAUCGGAAGAUACUUCUGUUCAGCAAACAGAAGAAGACAUUGCCCCAAGUGCUACCAAAGCUCCUUUGGCAGAACAAGAUCUUGAAGAUGUUACCGCUCAACAACCUGCUGAACAAGAUUUACAAUCUGUCACUACUGCACCUUUGGCCGAACAAGACGUCACAGCACAACAAACCGAAGAAAAUACUAUUCCAUCCGUUACUAAAGCUCCUAUGUCUGAUGAACAUAUUGAACACAUUACUGCUCAACAACCAGAAAGUGAAGAAGAGAUUGCAGGUGAAGAUGUUACAACUGAGAAAUCCGAUGAAGAUGUUUUAACUGUUACCCACGCUACAGAAUUGGAAGGAAUUGAAAGUGUUUCAUCUGAACAACCCGAAACAGAAGGUAUGGAAUAUGUUACUAAGGUUCCAAUGGCUGCUGAAGAUGUUGAAGGUUUCACUGCACAGCAAACCGAAAAAGAAGAAGAUAUUGCUGCUGUUACCAAAACUCCAAUGUCUGUUGAAGGUAUUACUGAUCACCAGUUUGAAGACCAAGACACACUUGCUGUUACUAAAGCUCCUGUUGCUGCUGAUGAAAUUGAAACGGUUACCGUUACUCUUCCUGAAGAAGAAAGUGUUGAUGUUACCAUAUCUCCAAUGGUAUCUGAAGAAUUUGAGCAUGCCACUGCAGAGCAAUCAGAAGAACAAGAUGUCGAACCUUCAAUUACUAAAGCUCCUUUGGCUGCUGAUGAAAUUGAAAAUGUUACCACUCAACAUUCUAUCGAUACUGAAGACAUUGAGUCUGUUACAGUCAAACAACCCGAACAUGAAGAAGAUGACUCUGCUUUCACCCAAUCUCCAGUUAUUCCUGAUGAUAUCGAUACUGUCACAGCACAUGUAUCUAUUGAAGAAGAAUCAGAAGGCCCAGAAGAAAGUGCAACAGCAAAAUUACCAACACAAGCUGAUGAAAUUUCUGAAGUUACAGUUUCUCACAUUCCUUCAGAAGAUAUUGAACAUACAACUGUCCAACAUACUGAACAAGAACUUUCUGAGGAAGAUAUUGAAACUUCUACAGCUAAACAAUCUGAAGAACAUGACAUCUUAUCUGUUACCCAAGCUCCCGCGUCAUUUGCAGAUAUUGAUGUGGCUACAACUAAACCAUCAGAGGACAAUGAAGAAACUUUAGAUGUCACUACCGUGCCACAAACAUUAGAAGAUACCGAAGCUACUACCGCAAAAUUACCAGUCCAUGCUGAUGAAAUUUCCAGUGAAACAAUUACUGAAGUACCAACAAAUGACGUUGAAAAAGAAAUUGAAGAAGAUACCGAUAAGAUCGAAGAACAUGCAACUCAAGUGCCCACAAUGACUGAACAAGAAGGCGAUGAAGCUACAACAUCAAAAUUACCGGAACUGGCUGAACAUGUUACAGAAUUACCAACUAGAGAUACUGAAUCAGCAGAGGAAUCACAUGAACAUGAUACUGAAAUACCCGUAAUCGCUGAAGUAUCAACCGAUAAAUUGCCCGAACUUACAGAACAAACUACGGAAUUACCAACUAAAUUUACCGAAUCCGAUGAAACUGAGUCUCAUGAAGAACCAACUGAAGUUCCCAUGGUCGCUGAAGUAUCUACUGAUAAACUGCCUGAAAAAGCGUCUGAAUUACCAACAAAGGAUACUAAAUCAGAUGAAGAAUCCCAUGAAGAAGCUACUGAAUUGCCCGUUGACACAGAAAAAUUACAUGAACUUGCCGAACAUGUUACCGAAUUACCAACUACUCACGCCGAGUCAGAAGAAGAGGAAUCUCACGAAGAAGCCACUGAAUUGCCAAUGGGUGCUCAUGUGUCAUUUGAUGAACUACCCGAACAUGUCACUGAAUUACCAACCCAAGAUACUGCAUCUGAUGAAGAAUCCGAAGAAGCAUCUACUGAAUUACCUGUGGUCUCUGAAGUAUCUACUGUCAAAUUACCUGAAGAUGAUACAUUACCAACUAAAGACUCAGAGUCUGAAGAUGAAACAUAUGCACAAACCACUGAUUUACCUGUCGAUGCUCACGUUUCAACCGACAACGAACACAUCACAGAAUUACCAACAAAAGAUACUGAAUCUGAAGAAGAAUCCCAUGAACCAACUACUGAAUUGUCUGUCAGUGCUGAAGUAUCUACUGAUAAAUUACCUGAGCAUGUCACUGAAUUACCAACUAAAGAUGUUGAAUCAGACGAAGAAUCUCAUGAAACAGCUACUGAAUUGCCUGUGGUCACAGAAGAUAAUUUACCCGAAAUGCCAACUAAAGAUGCUGAAUCAGAAGAGGAAUCUCAUGAACACUCUACUGAAUUACCUGUCGAUGCUCAUGUUUCAACCGACAAGUUACCCGAAUAUGUUACAGAAUUGCCAACCAAAGACAUGGAAUCAGGAGAACAAGCUACUCAAUUACCUGUGGUCGCUGAAGAUUCCACCGAUAAAUUACCUGAACAUAUCACUGAAAUGCCAACUAAAGAUGUUGAGUCUGAAGAGGAAUCCCAUGAAGAAGCAACUGAAUUGCCUGUUGUUGCUCCAGUUUCAACUGACAAAUUACCUGAGGUUGCGGAACAUGUCACUGAAUUACCAACUAAAGAUACCGAAUCGGAUGAUGAAGAUCUUGAAAAAGCAACUGAAUUGCCUGUGGUCGCACAUGAAGUCUCGACUCUUGGGCAAGCUGUUGAACAAUCCUCAGAAGAAGAAUCUUCCGAAGAGACCUCAACCGAAGCAGCUGAAGACAUCAGCUCUGUUAAAUUGCACCCAGCAACAACAGUACAUCCGCUAUUCGCACAUCAUACAACAUUGUCCUCAGUGGCUAUCGAUAGCCGAAUUGAUGACACUAGCUCUCACAGCACCCCAGUUCCAGUCAAGGAUGAAGAAGCUUUCACCACAUCCACUACAACGACAGUUAGCAGCACCACACCAGAACCAGUCACCACAUCCGCUCCACACUAUCAACCACAACCACCAAUUUAUGGUCAAUCACCACAAUAUGGUCCUACACAAUACGAAGACGAAUACACCGAUGAAGAUGAGGGUGAAGUGUUUGGUCCUGGCACUUGUCGUUAUGGCGGCAAACUCUAUGUAUCCGCCCAACAAAUACCCAGAGAUGAUCCUUGCGAUUUCUGUUUCUGCUUCCGCAGCGAUAUUAUCUGUUUGCAACAAUCUUGCCCACCACCAAUUGCCGGCUGUCACGAAGAACCCAUUUCCGGUUUCUGUUGUCCCCGCUAUGAAUGUCCGGUUUCCAUGGCAACCGUACUUAAUAUCACAACAAGUACCACAACGACAAGUACCACUUUACCCCCACAUUUCCUACAUCACUCUUAUGGAAAUAAUGUGCAACGCAAUGGUUGUCUUAUCAAUGGCAGAUCAUAUAGAGUGGGUGAAAAGAUUGAAUCAACAAGUGGUCCAUGCAUUAAUUGCACAUGCGGCGGUGAUGGUAAAAUGAAAUGUGAUCCCCAGGCUUGUGUUCCUGAACCUACCAUGCAACAAGUAAUGGCUGUUGUAGCGGCUGGUCGCAAAAGAUGAACCCCUAGCCAUGCUAAUUUAAACUAAUUAUUAAAUUUUUUUUAUAUAAAUUAAGAUUAAUACAGUUACAAAACGAAAAAUCUUCACCACUGCUCCCCCUCCUCGUACCCGUUUUCCACUACACCAAACCAAUUGCGAAAAUAACCCUAUUUUCACCACUCACUACUAUUAACGACCAACAACUUGAAUAAGUUUUAACGGAAAACAAUCAUAACUUUUGAAAGAAAUUUUAAUCAACAAUUAACUGUUAGGAAAUAGGUGCCAAUAUUUAAAACGGACAUACAUACGAUUUUUAGACUCCCCCCUUUUAUUCAAAACAUUGAGAUGCAAAUUUAAUAAUUACGAAUGAAUUAGCUUAUUUGAAGCAACCAGUGAUAUUGUACUGUAUACAUAGUAUAGGUGCAAUUAAUUAAGUGAACAUGAAAAAAAAACAAAAAAAAAAACAAAAA